UGCUCGCGAGAAGACAGAUGCUGAGGCUGUCACGGUCGAAGAGAGAUUCACAUUCACUCGGACUGGGAUGUGAGAGAGCCCGACGAGAUGGAGACCUUCAUCCAUCUUUACCUGAAUUUGACCGAUCUUGGGAGUCAAGCCAAGAUGUGACCGUCACGGCGUGUCAUAGUUUGGAUUUGUCCUGCUUUUACAACACUUGUUUCUAUAGCAACAGAAAUAUCAGAAUAUCCUAAAAAGUCCCAUUUCAACAAUGCAGUCCUCUAGCUGCUCCUCUCAGCCUCCAAAGCCCCGGCGCUUUGACGUCAGCAGACGGACCAAUACCGUAGCUGGACCAAAGUCUCAUGGCCCUGGUUUCCAAAGGGAAGAUAAAAACAUGAACACGAUCACCAGGUCCUCCUCCCUACGCCAGGCUACUAAAGGCCCUCCUGCACCCACAAGGACCAGGGUGGGAGUGCAGCCUCGAGCACCAGUAAGCCAGUCCAGGUUUAGCUCACAGAAACAGGGUUCCACCAUCUCCAAAUCAGCUAAGCCCAAACCCAAGAGUGCUCGUGCAUCGGCGGCAACCAAAAUUGCACCAGCAGCAGCUCCACCCCCGCUUCCCUCUGUUCUUCCUCUUGACCCGAACUGCAACGAGCCGAGCCUCCCGUGUCUGUGCUGCGAUGGCCGCUCCCCGCAGGACAACAACAGUAUGUUCAACCAUAACCACAACAACAACAACACCAUCUCUAUCAGACAGCAACUGCAGCUACCUCCUCCUCCGGCCCCUUUGCCCCAGAGGCAGGAUGGGAAGGGGGCCAAGGAGCAGCCUCAGCCUCCCUCCCAAGCACAGGGCCAGCUGGAGGCCUCUGCCCACCCUGCUGCCUGUCUGGAAAAUGAAGGCAAGAAUGCAGACGCAAGCACUGAUCUGGACAACAAGAAAAAUUUAAAAGUAGAGGAAGAAGACGAUGAGGAAGAGAGCAGUGGGGAUAUCGAUAUUGAUGAUGAUGAAGAUGAGGCUGACAAUGAUGACGACGACGAUGAUGAUGAUGACACCCUGGUCCCCUCGUGCUGUGACUGUCCCUCCUCCCUCUUGGAGUUGUCGCUCUCCUCCUCUACCUCUUCGUCCUCCACUUCCAUUAGCUCCUGCUCUGAUCUGGAGUCUGACUGUGCAGAUCAAUCUGCCUCCAUCUGCUCUUCCCACGACCAAGAUCAUUUUUCCGUCACUCUGUCCCCCAAAGAGUGCUCACUCCCACAAGCCCCUGAAUGCAAGCCUACUGCCCGUUCACCCCCAUCCCUUCCUCUUAACUGCAAUCCCUUUGUCUUGACAUCACAUUCCCCAAUCCCCCCUUGCUCCCCAGAUGAGGGCUACCCCUCUGCCCUGGACUCCCCUUCUCCUGACUACUUAGGAGUCAAAGGUGAUUCUGAGGUCACCAAACUAGGUUUGCUUGACUUUCUAGAAUCAGUAGGGGAGUUUGGAAAAAUGGAGCGCUUCAGCCAGGUGAUCCAAGUGGCUCGUUGGGAUUUGGAGGGGGAACAACACUGGGAUGUUCUGAGGGAUCGGCUAGAUCACCUAGAUCACUUGGAGAAGGUAAACAGGGAAGUAAAACUGUCCUACAUUGCAAGACUCCACGAGAAGGGAUUUGAUCUUGGAGAUCUGGAAGAGCAGGAUCUCUCAGAUUUCAUGGAUGAAAUGGGCAACAUUGACAUUCCCUGGAAGUUGUAUAAAAGUGGCAGAGGAGCCAUGGGAGACUCUCAGGAGUUUUCCGAUGCAGGGGUUGACCUCACUGCUCCAUCAGACUGUGAGGAUCCUCUGGCUCCUGAUUCCCUAACCUCUUCUCCUGUCGAACCGCCACCUAGACCCCCAAAACCUCCAGCCCGUCAUGCCAGCGUGAGCUCUGACCUCCACACCUACAUCAAUAUCAGCAGGGAGACCACCUCCAUGGCUGUCUCCACGUCUCCUACAUUGUCUACUUUCUCCCCUAAUUCCUCAUCCCCCACUUUCACCACUUUUAGGUGUGAGAAACCUCUACUUCCAUCGCCACCCUCCAUUCCUCCUCUCCCCACCUCUAAACCGGUCCCUUACCUCACCCUUUAUACCACUCCUUCUCCACCUCCAUCUAUUCCACCCCAACUCCUCCCAUCCCUCCCCCUCGGAAGCGUCACCUUGCCAGGAAGGAGGCACAGCGGCUCGCUGCUCUUCAAUCCGAACAGGAAAAGACCCCCCUUUCCCUUCCUCCUCCUACCACACGCCCCCCACCUCUGCCUCCUCCGCCAGUUAUCUCAAUCUCCUUGUCAUCUCCCCCUGCCAUACCACCUGCACUGCCUCCUCCCCCCUCCUUCCAUGCACUGGAUGUAGAGAUUAGGAAACUAUUGAUGCUUGCUGGAUUGACCCAAG